GAAUUUCUCAUUGGUGCUGCUUGGUCACACUACCAAGAAUUCAGCGAAAGUUUUGUUUAUUUUUGUAACCCAAUUUCUCCUGCUGGAAUAAUGCUAAAUGCCAAGAUCGGCAAGGUCGGCAAAGUACUGGUGUGUGGGAUGAAGGGCGUGGGCAAGACGGCGCUGAUAGAGCAGCUGGUCUACGGCCACGUCAAUCCAGAAACGGAAUUGCAUCCAACCAUUGAGGAUAUCUACGUAGCCAGCGUGGACACUGGCAGAGGCGGAGCUCGAGAAACCUUGCGCAUCUACGACACGGCGGGAUUGCAGGGCGAGCAGCAGCUGCCACGCCACUACCUCCAGUUCCCAGAUGCAUUCGUAUUGGUCUACGAUCCCAUGGACCCGCGCAGCCUGGACAUGUUGGCCGACAUCAAGGCUGACAUUGAGAAGCACAAGGAGAAGAAGGAGAUUCCUGUUGUGGUGCUGGCCAACGUAAGGGCACGGGCAGCCCCAAAUCCCGUGGAGAAGGUCAUGGACCGCGCAAACAUCUGGUGCCAGCGAGAGCGCAUUAAGCACUACACUGUGAACGCCAUGGAGCGACCCUCACUAUACGAGCCCUUCACUUCGCUGUGCGCCCGGCUGCAUCCGAUCCAGACGAAGAGCACGUUCCCUCAGCUGCGCCAAGUUAUGCAGAACCGGCAGAAGAGCGAGGCCUAAGUGCUCUGAUUGUCCGAAGGGGGGAGAUAGUAUAUAAGUUUUAUUCAGGAGUGUUCUCAAAAUCUCAGCGACUUUGCUUUAAGUUAAAGAGAUUUUCGGGUCCUCCCCAAUCGUAUCGUAUUGAUCAAUUUAGAGUCUACUUGCCUUGUAUUAUCUGUUGUGCUUUAAUGUGGCCCAGAGCACGGCCCACUUGUACUUAUGUCUGUUUGUGAGUGUCCAAUUGUAUCUACUAUUUAUUACACCGACAUGUCUUCUCUCAUUCCGCGAGAAUUAAGCGUAAUCAGUAUUCAAUGCCCAAUCGCAGCUCAAAUGACGCGUAGUGAUUAAAUAACCAUGCCGAAUUUCUGCUCUGCGGAAAUCCCCUUGGAUCAGUCGUCUACUAGCACCUUCCUUGUGCGCAAUGAUUUCGCGUGCCGCCUUUCUUACUGCUCUUCUCACGCUGAUCUGUGCCAGCCAUGUGGCUUUGUCAUUGAGCAUAACAGUUCCGGGCACAAAGUGGUGCGGACCCGGGAACAUAGCAGCCAACUAUGAUGACCUUGGCACUGAGCGAGAGGUGGACAUGUGUUGCCGGGCGCACGACCACUGUGGGGAAAAGAUUCCGCCGCUGGAGGAAGCCUUUGGCCUGAGAAACGACGGGAUUUUCCCCAUAUUCUCGUGUUCCUGCGAGGCUGCCUUCCGGAGCUGUCUCACCGCUCUGCGAAACGGCCAUUCCCUGGCUCUUGGCAAAAUCUACUUCAACACCAAGGAUGUGUGCUUCGGCUACGGACAUCCCAUCAUUGCCUGCCAGGAGAAGCAGGCCGACUUGUUCGAGACUCGAUGUCUCAGCUACCGAGUGGACGAAGGUCAGUCGCAGCGGUGGCAGUUCUACGACUUGGCCCUCUAUACCCACGUUAGCGGCAGCGCGGAGGAUUCCCGGGAUUGAACUUCGACGUCCAGCGAUAAGCCCUCAAUUGUUUACAAAACAGAUUGUACUGGUGGCGAAACCUAAAGUGAUUAGGAUUUUGAAGGUAGGUUCUUUGUGUAAUCAGUUUGUAAUGCUAUUACGCCUGGUAUUUUAUUAAAAAUUGUAUAUUGAAACGCAGUUAA